GGCACCUGCCAACAUGGAAGGUGGCGACGGUGGCAUCGCUGUGGCUGGCCGUGGUGCGCUGGGUUCCGCAACAGCUGCAGCGACAGUGCGGGAGCUUCUGCAGGACGAGUGUUACAGCGACUUUUUAAGUGAAGACUUCGAUGUAAAAACUUAUACUUCCCAAUCUAUUCAUCAAGCUGUAAUUGCUGAACAACUAGCAAAACUUGCCCAAGGAAUCAGUCAGUUGGAUAAAGAGCUACACCUACAGGUUGUUGCAAGACAUGAAGAUUUACUGGCACAAGCAACUGGGAUUGAAUCUUUGGAAGGUGUUCUUCAGAUGAUGCAGACGAGAAUUGGGGCUUUACAGGGAGCUGUGGAUAGGAUAAAAGCAAAAAUUGUUGAGCCAUACAAUAAAAUAGUUGCCAGAACUGCACAACUAGCAAGACUUCAGGUAGGUUCUUGCUUUUAUUUCUUUAUACUUUAAUAUUCAUAGUUUUCAAAAGUGGGAAAAUUUCAAGAGUAUUAGUCCAGAA